GAAGACACUCAUGACAUUGAAGACCUACUGGCGCUGAACCCACGCGUCGUCAAUCACGCCUCGGUGUUGCCGAGCACGGUGACCAAGCAGACGAAGAAGCAGUGGAAGCGCAAUGCCGACAAGAACUGCUGCAAGCGGACCAAGGAGCUAACUGACAACUGGGACGACAUCAAGCACACCACGCUGAGCGAACGAGGCGCCCUCAAGGAGGCUGCCCGCUGUCUGAAGUGUGCCGAUGCGCCUUGCCAAAAGGGCUGUCCCACUCAGCUCGACAUUAAAGCUUUCAUCGGGAUGAUCGCCAAUAAGAACUACUACGGCGCCGCCAAGGCCAUCCUGUCGGACAAUCCUCUGGGCCUCACCUGCGGCAUGGUCUGCCCUACCUCGGACCUGUGCGUGGGCGGCUGCAAUCUGUACGCUUCCGAGGAGGGGCCGAUCAACAUCAGCGGCCUGCAGCACUUUGCCGUGGAGAUGUUCAAGCGGAUGAACAUUCAGCAGAUUCGCGACCCGGCGCUGCCGCCCGCUGAGCAGCUGCCGCUGGUGUACAGCACCAAGAUUGGCCUGGUCGGCUGUGGGCCGGCCAGCAUCAGCUGCGCCACCUACCUGGCCCGUCUGGGCUACAGCGACAUUACCAUACUGGAGAAGGAGGACUACAUCGGCGGGCUGAGCAGUGCCGAGAUUCCCCAGUUUCGCCUGCCCUAUGAGGCGGUCAAGUUUGAGAUCGACCUGAUGCUCGACCUGGGCGUGCAGAUCAAAACCGGCCAGAAGCUGGGCUACGACUACACGCUCUCCUCGCUGUCCAUUGAGCAGAACUACGACUGCCUUUUCAUUGGCAUCGGCCUGCCCGAGGCGAAACGGGACCCGGUUUUUCAGGGGCUGGAGCAGGCGCACGGUUUCUUCACCUCAAAGGACUUUCUGCCGGCGGUCUCCAAAGCGAGCAAGGGGGCGAUGUGCGCCUGCAAAAGUGCCCUCCCGCAGAUCUACGGCAAUGUCAUUGUUCUUGGCGCCGGCGACACUGCCUUCGACUGCGCCACCUCGGCGCUGCGCUGCGGCGCCAAACGCGUCAGUGUCGUUUUUCGACGAGGCUUCACCAACAUCAGAGCCGUUCCCGAGGAGGUGGAGUUGGCCAGAGAGGAAAAGUGCGAAUUUCUGCCUUUCCUAGUGCCCGCCAAGGUGAACACCAACGCCGACAAUGGUGGCCGAGUAAGCUCUGUCGAGUUUUACCGCACCGAAUUGGACGACGAAGGCAACCUGGUGGAAGACCGAGAGCAGAUCAUCAAGCUGAAGGCCGAUUUUGUCAUCUCCGCCUUCGGCUCCGGUCUGCAGGACCAGCAGGUGGUGAAGGCGCUCUCGCCGCUGAAGCUGAAGUCAAACGGCCUGCCACUGGUCGACCCGGCGACGAUGGGCACCAGCGAGGACUGGGUUUUCUGCGGCGGCGACAUUGCCGGCGUCUCGGAGACCACCGUCGAGGCGGUGAAUGACGGAAAGACCGCCGCCUGGUUCAUGCACCAGUACAUGCAGCAGAAGUUCGGCGGCGGCGGCGAACUGGUCGUCGAUCCGAACCCCCGCCUUCCGCGAAUGUUCACCCAGGUGGACCUGGUGGACGUCAGCGUGACCAUGUGCGGUCUCACCUUUCCCAACCCUUUCGGCCUGGCCAGUGCCCCGCCCACCACCAGCGGCGCCAUGAUUCGGCGCGCCUUUGAGGCCGGCUGGGGCUUCGCCCUCACCAAGACCUUCUCGCUGGACAAGGAGCUGGUGACGAAUGUGUCGCCGCGCAUCGUCCGCGGCAUCACCUCGGGCCACCAGUACGGCCCCCACGUCGGCUCCUUCCUCAACAUCGAGUUGAUCAGCGAGAAGACGGCCGAGUACUGGUGCCAGAACAUCACCGAGCUCAAGGCGGACUUCCCCGAGAACAUUCUCAUUGCCUCCAUCAUGGCCUCCUACAACAAGGACGACUGGGUGGAGCUGGCGGUGAUGGCCACCAAGGCGGGCGCUGAUGCGCUGGAGCUCAACCUUAGCUGCCCCCACGGAAUGGGCGAAAAAGGCAUGGGCCUUGCGUGCGGUCAAAACUUUGACAUGGUCAAGGACAUCUGCUCGUGGGUGAAGUCGGUGACGCAUAUUCCCGUUUUUGCCAAACUGACACCUAAUGUCACCGAAAUUGUCGACAUUGCUUUUGCUGCCUAUGAAGGCAAAGCUGACGGCGUUACUGCCACCAAUACGGUGUCCACGCUGAUGAACCUGCGCUCUAAUGGCACCGCCUGGCCCUCUGUUGGCGAAGAAGGACGUACCACUUAUGGAGGCAUGUCCGGCAACGCCAUUCGCCCCAUUGCCCUCAGGGCCGUUUCCUCCAUUGCCCGGGUACUGCCCAACUUUCCCAUUCUGGCCACUGGUGGCAUUGACUCUGCCGAAUCUGGGCUGCAGUUUCUCUACGCCGGUGCCAGUGUCCUCCAGGUUUGCAGUGCUGUACAGAAUCAGGAUUUCACCGUAAUUGACGACUACGUGACCGGCUUGAAAACGCUCAUCUACCUGAAAAGUCUAGGCGACAAUGAGUACGAAAAUAAAUGGGAUUUUCAAUCGAUGCCUACGCCAGUUCACCAGAAGGGCAAACCAGUGGCUGGUCGUCCUAAAGUGGAGUCUGUUUUGAAGCGUGACCCGCCUAAACCGGAAAAAAUACUUAGAGUUAAGGACCUAAUUGGCAAGGCAUUGCCUAAAAUUGGAGCUUUCACUGAACUCGACGUUAAGUCUCAGAAAGUGGCACUAAUUGACAAGGACAUGUGCAUCAAUUGCGGCAAGUGUUACAUGACGUGCAACGACUCGGGCUACCAGGCAAUCAAGUUUGACCCAAAAACGCACAUUGCCGAAGUGACCAAUGACUGCACUGGUUGCAAUCUCUGUCUGUCAGUUUGUCCCAUCAUCGACUGCAUCACCAUGGUGGAAAAGGUCAUUCCGCACAAAAUCAAGAGAGGUCUUCCAGUGGACAAUUCAUUUGAUAAUGAACUCUUUUUCAAGCCGCCCUUGCCUGGUCAAUGA